AUGCUACAAGCUCUCGCCAUUCCACCAAACAUAUUCAUCGCCCACCGAUAUCUAAACUAUAUCUUUCAAUUCUGGCUUCACUCGAACGCAGUUCCUUACCUCGGUCCACUUGAGUACUUCCUCAACACUCCGUCUAGCCACCGAGUUCAUCAUGGCAGAAACCCUUACUGCAUCGACAGGAACUAUGGAGCUGUCUUGAUUAUUUGGGACAGGUGA